AUGUCCCAGAGGAAGUUCCACCAUAAAAGCCGCCUUGGCUGUCUCCAGUGCAAGAGGAACAGGACCAAGUGCGACGAGAAUAAACCAAAGUGUGGCCGGUGUGCGAGGAUAGGCGCCGAGUGUUCCCUUGCGGAGUCGUUGGAAUGGGUGAUCAUGACGGACAACACAGCCUCAUCGUCGGGUGCGUCGACGGGGUCUAAAGAAAACAGCUCGCCGGAGGAUCUCAAAGCCUCGGAGGAGGACCAGAGAGAAUAUUUCUUCGCCGAAGAAGAGCGUGACCGGCUCCGUCUGAUGCACCACUAUACCCUCCACACCGCGAAGAGCAUCUCCGAUCUUACCGGACCCGAAGAAGCCGCUUUGUGGAACGAGUGGACGGUUGAGCUCGCCCUCGCGAAUGACUUCCUGCUGCACGGCAUCUUGAGCAUCAGCGCCUUGCAUCUGGCGCUGCGCGAAACUUCCCCGCAGAGAAAACACAUUCUUCUCGCCAUCCAUCACCAUGACCUGGGCGUCGCCCUGUUCCGCCCGCACCUAGCCCACAUCGCCCGCGACAAGCAGGACGCAGUUUUUGCGUUUUCGUGCAUGGUUUUGUUAUAUGCGUUUGGGAUCCAGCGCCUCUCCGAAUCGUCCGACACCCCUCUCGCGAAGAUCAUCCAGGUGCUCCUUCUCGUCCGCAAUUCCAUCUCCGUCAUCAAAUCAGACCACACCGCCAUGGCGCACAGUCGAUGGUCGGUACUGAUGCUGGACCCUUCCCGGCUGCUUUUGCUACCCUCGCCGCCGGCGGAAAUCGAGGAGAUGCUGGCAACCCUCCGGCUGCGUGUCCCAGCCGAAAGCAAGGAGCAUCAGCAUAUCUACACCUGCUCUAUUCAGGCUCUCCGCCACGCCCUAAACGCCAGUCUGGUCUACCAGAACACCCGGAUGACCCUUGUCUUCUUCCUCAUCGCGAGUCCCGCGGGACUGUGGAAGCUAGUUGCCGAAGAGGAGCCUUUGGCACUUGCCAUUCUCGCCAACUACGCCGUCAUCCUCUACUGGAUCCGCGACCAUAUCUGGAUGGUAGGCUGGGGGGAGGAGACGAUCGAAGCAGUGGCUGAAGCGCUGCCUUUGGAUUGGCAUGGUUGUAUUGCGUGGGCGGUGGGGCAGACUGGUCGGUCAGUCGAUUCGCGGCAGGGCUGA